AUUUUACCCAUGUAGAUUCACAUAGACAGGCCAUGCAGUGCGCGGGGAUUUAUAGUUAUACAUAGACAUUCAUAUAACGUGGAGAGACACAUUAUCGACUUCAUUUUGGGGUAGUUAUCCCAACAAUGAAUAUUGCUGAUCUAGCAUUUGUUUUGGAUCAUUGGGAACACCUUAUGAAUGCCAAGUUGGUACGAGCGAUUCUUUUGGGAGAAUGAACAACGCGAAUACGGACUAUCCUGUGUAUACCAGCGCCAACACAUCGAGGAUAAAGAAAUGUCGUCAAAUUGAAGUCGCCGAGCGAAACGCGAAGACAAUAACUAUUGUUGAAUCGGUGUAUCAGAACGCCUAUAUUAUAAGAUGAUCGACCUGUGAUUUAUGGGAAUUUUGUUUCAGUUUGUUAUCUACGGAAAGCUGGUCCUAAGACAGUUCAGAGACUGAGGAUAGGCGCAUGAGAUUGGAAUCCAAGCGAGACAAGAAUAGAAAUGGGUGGGAAAGGAAAGAAAUACUCGGUGACGUCGCCGAAAGCCUUCGACAAUCGUGCGUUUGAAGGCGACAGCGGUGUUGACAGUCAUGAAGGAAAGAAUGGGAGCUUGGUCACUUCUCAACCUCCUUCUCCACGAAUCAAGAAUUUCGAGAAGUAUACGUACCCGAAUGUGUGUACAUACUGCAAGAGCAUAUGGGAUAGGAAAGGGAGCACUGAACUGGUAACACCGUGUGGUUGUGACGGUACAUCGCUCCUCGUCCACGAGAUCUGCCUCGAGUCCUGGCUAAAGAGUAGCGGCAAGGUCCGUUGUGAAGCUUGUAAAACUGACUACAGCAUCAGAAAUAUCAAAGAUCUACAGGCCGAAUUGAUGGUUCAGAAAGUCAACUUUUGCCUCAUCGCCAUCUUCAUGCCGGUAGGCGUCGUCGUCAUCGUCGGCGCUUGCAUCAUCAUGGACUCCAUCAGUCGAGCACGGGCCAAGGCCGCUGUAGCCGGUAUCCCCGUGGAAGGUCUCGGCAUCCCCAUGGAUCGUUUCGUCAUCUACUGUAUCAUCCUCGGCUCCCUCACGCUGGCCGGCAUCAUCAAGACCAUCUCGAUGAUGAAGAGGAAAAAGUUGAUCGCGCUCGAUAACCUGACCGCGAUCGGCAACGAGGCUUGAUCGACCCACCGCCACUUGAUAAAAUACAAAAUGGCGUCGGCAUGGUAUUAGUCCCAGAGACAAUUGGUUUUGAUAAAGAGAAUGUGACCAAUCCGGUUCGAAUUGGAAAAAUAUUGGCGAAUACUGUUCUGUGCAUGGGCAAGCACAUAACAAAAUAAUAUACGCCAUGUUGAUUAUUAAUGAAACACAAGUUGGCCAAACUCUGUGUAUUGGGCUGGGUAGUCCCAUAGCGUAUUGAACGAGAUAGUUGUGACGCGUUAAAAGGACAAUUUAUGCAGAUCACUCUCACACAAUCUGUAUGGGAGGGAACAAUUUUUGCGCUCCAUGAAUAUGACCUAGGAACGAGCAUAGCUUCCGUUAAGGUAAUCAGUUAUGAUCGGAUGAUAUUAGACGAUCGAAGGGUAAAUCAACGUCAGAUAUAUAAAAAGGUGUCAGUUGGAUUUUGCUAGACUUGAAAAGUUGUGCUAUACAGUAAAGUAAUAUGGACAGUCAUACCCGAAAACUAAAACCUAUAUAUUCGCCUUGUUUUCAUAAAGAAGGCGAUUUGACGGAUUCAUGCCCAUUUAUCUCGUAGCAUGUUUGUAUUUUCCUUGUUUUGUUUGUAAUUAUCUUUAUAGUCUUCUCGUCUGCAUUAAUAAAAUUGACUGAAACCCGGGAUUCGAUCGUCUUAAGCAAUGAAACAUAUCAUAAAGAACACUCUAAUAUAGAAAAAA